AUGUUAAGAAUAGCUAAGAAUUACAUGAUUAUAAAUAAUAGAAGUUUUAAAAACUUCGGACAUAAGCGACAACCAGAGUCUCGGUUUACUGUACUAUGGCAUGGAUUUUUGACUUUUACUUUCAUAGGGUUUGGAAUAGAAUGGAAAAGAGUUACAAAAUUUUUCUUUGGUGAGAGUACAAAUGAUACAAAAACAGGUCCAUUCGAUAUG